AUGGCCAAAACCAGGCCUUCGAAAAAGAAAUCGAAAAGAAAGGAAAAAUCAGUAUUAAAUGGCACACGAGCAGUGCAAAAAGAGAAAGUGACUGAAGAUCCUUCAGUCUUAUACGAGCAGGCAAUUGCCCUCCUUCAAACCGGACAACCAGAUGAAGCAGUCGUCCUCGUCGAACGAGGCUUGAGAAUCGCGCCCCCUGCGUCUCCUAACACAUUGAUUGGGUUAAACCUGGCUGGAGAGAUAUAUGUUGAGUUAGGAGACAUUGAUGCUGCUAGAGAGCACUUUUUGCGCGCUGUUACGCUCGAUCCCGAAGGCCUUAUACCCGAGUCCCGAGGUGGAGGAGCAGAGAAAUUCUUGUGGCUAGCGCAAUUGAGUGAAGAUGGCGGUAAAGAUAGUGUGAGGUGGUUCGAACGAGGAGUUAUGGUGCUGCGAAAGAACAUACAGGCUCUCGAAGAAAAUAUGAGCAUAGAGCAGGCGGAUGGGCUGGAGGAGCAGAAAAAGAAAAUGGCCAACGCGCUUUGUGGAGUCAUUGAAAUUUACAUGACCGACUUAUCGUGGGAGGAAGAUGCCGAGAGCAGAUGUGAAACGCUCAUCACAGAAGCCCUGUUGGUGGCCCCCGAAUCUCCUGAAUGCCUUCAGACACUUGCAUCAAUCAGAAUAUCACAGCUUCGGCACGAUGACGCGAAGACUGCUCUAUUAAGAAGUUUAGAAUUAUGGAAGGAUUUGCCUCCUGACAGCCCUAAUGUUCCUGACUUCCCUGUUCGGGUCAGUCUCUCGAGGCUUCUAAUGGAGGCCGAAAUGGAAAGGGAGGCGUUGGAGGUUCUGGAGCGAAUGAUCCUCGAAGACGACCAAAGUAUAGAGACCUGGUAUCUUGGUGGAUGGUGUCAAUACUUGCUAGGCAAGAAAACUCAAGAGCAAUCUGCUGGUGCUGUUAACGAAGCCGUCGCCGAGCAGCAACGUGCUAUUUUGCUGUCAAGUCGGGGUUGGCUCAGGCAAAGCCUGAAGCUCUUUGAUAUUGUGCAAUAUGAAGAUGCAAGAUUGAAGGAACAUGCUUUAGAACUUGUCCAAGAGCUGGAACGGGACCUUGCGGACUUCAUCGAAGAGAGUGACGAUGAGGCAGAGGCUGGGGAUGAGGAUGAGUGGGAAGACGAAAUUGAAGGCGAAUCAGACUCUGAUGACGAAAUGAUAGACACUUGA